AUGAAGGAUGAGGAUCCAUUGAAGCAUCUUGACAAGUUUGACAUGAUUUGUUCUUUGCAGCAACUCAAUGGAGUUUCUGAAGAUGGUUUCAAGUUAAGGCUUUUCCCUUUCUCUCUAGGGGAUAAAGCUCUCAUUGGGAAGCAUCUCUGCCUGCUGGAUCAGUCACCACUUGGGCGCAGUGGCUACCAGAUGCAGUGUCCUCACCAUGGUUUCUCUAAGGAGAAUCUACUGAGUACCUUGUACAGAGGAGCAUUACCCAAGUACAGAAUGCAUCUUGAUUCAGCAAGCAAUGGUUACUUCAUGGGUAAAGAUGUUGAUGCUGGAUUGAUUUUAGUUGAGAACAUUGCCACUAGUGAUGGGAGCUAUGGUGAAGAUUGUGAUAGAGCUGAGAAAGCAGUUGCUCAAGAAGAGAAGCACAAGAAGGAGCUCAAGACUCUCAAUGAUAAGCUUGACAAGCUACUGUCAGGUGGAGAACAUGUGGCGUACUACAAGCAAGGCUUUGCUCCACAAGAUCUUGGGUCUACUCAAGCUCAAGGAAGCCACAGUUCUGGUCAAGAGGCAGAGAUGAAGACCAUGUUGCAACAGAUAAUCCAAGGACAAGCUAAUGGUGCCUUAGAAUUGAACAAGAGGAUGGUUGAGAUUCACAACAAGGUUGAUUGCUCACACAAUGAUCUAAACAACAAGUUUGAGUCUCUGACUGCCAAAGUGCAUAACUUGGAAGCUAAAGUUGGUGGUUCUUCAUCAUCAAGUACAAAGGAGUAUUGUCAUGCAGUUUUCUCUACUAAAGAUGGUGUGGCUGAGACUGAAGAGAAUGAGAGGGCUAUAGAAGAACUCUAUAGGCUCCUUCAUGGUACAAGUGUUGAGAGUCCAGUGAAUGAGGAGACUUCUCAAGCUGAAAAACGAAAUGCCAAGGAGGAAGCCUCAAAGAUUGUUGCAAGAGAAGAAACCAUCAAGGUUGAGCCUCCUCUUUACAAACCAGAGCUUCCAUUUCCUGAGAGAGUUCUCACUAAAGCUCAAAAGAAGGUAAUCUCCACAUUCAGGAAUGAUAUGAGCAAUAUUGGUGUUCAUCUACCCAACAUAGACAAUAUGCAAGAAGCUCACCUCCAAAUGGAGCUGAUUAAAGAUGUUCUUGUGAACAAAGAGAGAGUGGCAGCGCUUCUUGAGCUGUCAACACCACCAGAUCCUCCCCAUAUUAUUCCAACCUCCAUUCCCAAGCUUGAGAAACAAGGGAAGUUCACAUUGCCUUGCACCCUUGGAGAUUUGAAGCUUGAUGAUGCUCUUGUGGAUUCUGGAGCAAGUGUGAAUCUGAUAUCACUUGCCAUGGUUAAGCAGCUGGGUAUUAAGAGCAUGACGCCUCCUAUAUCUUCUAUCAUGUUUGGAGAUGCCUCUUCUAAGUCUCCACUUGGUCUGAUCAAGGAUUACACUUUGAAGAUAGGAGACUGCAAGGUUCCAAUUGAUCUGACUGUUUUGGGUAUGUAUGGAGACAAGGAGGUACCAUUGAUCCUUGGAACACCAUUUCUUACAACUGUUGGAGCCUCCAUUGCCUUUCACAAGAAGUUGGUAACUCUCCACAAUAUCAACAGCAAUAUCUCAUACCCAAUGAAGGUUUCUUCUACAAAUUAUUGUGGAACCAUAACCAUUGCCAAUUCCAACUUCAAGAAGGACAAGGUUGAGUGUGACAAGGUUGUGCAUAUGCUUGAUGAAUGUGAGGAAGAUAUUCUGGAUGGAGAGUGUCUAGUUGAUAUGUUUAGUGAGCACAUGGGACGUGCUCCAAAGGAGGAGGUGUGUAGAGGCAGAGAGACCACUCUUGAGAGAAAGAAAAAGAUGAAGAAACCACAGCUUUACUCUCUUGAUCCAUCCCCAGGUGAUCCAGUCAAACCCAAUGGUCUCCUUGCUCAUGCCAUGGCCAUCACUGUCAAAGGCGUGCAGCCCUUCACCAUUCACUAG